AAAAUUAUCUUCUUCUGGAAUCUUUAGGAGGCUUUUAGCCGCUGAAGACAGGAUGAAAGUAACCACACCUGAGAUAUCAUGGCAUGAAAGAGACCCUAUUUAUAGUGUGGAUUUCCAACCAGGAACUCAGAAAAUCCGACGACUUGCCACAGCUGGUGUAGAUAAGUUUGUUCGUAUGUGGCAAGUAACAAUUGGAGGAGAUGGAAAAGGAAAUGUUGAAUUCCUGUCGAACUUGAAACGUCACACUAAAGCUGUCAAUGUGUGCCGAUUUUCUCCAGAUGGUGAGAUGCUGGCAUCUGCUGGAGAUGAUGCUGUGAUAAUAUUCUGGAAGCUGAGUGACCAGUCUACUCCAGCGAACAGCAUCUUCCAAGAGGAAGAGGAGGAUAACAAGGAGAGCUGGGUCACCCACAAAGUUCUAAGGGGUCACCUUGAGGAUAUUUACGAUUUGUGCUGGUCAUCAGAUAGCAAAUACAUGAUAUCUGGUUCCGUUGACAACAGUGCUAUUCUAUGGGAUCUUGUAAAAGACCAGAAGUUAGCUAUGUUCAAUGAACAUAAGAGCUUUGUACAGGGUGUAACAUUUGACCCAAAAAAUGAGUUUGUGGCAACCUUAUGUACAGACAGAUCCUGUCGUGUGUAUAGCGUCUCCAGCAGGAACUGUGUACAGAGUAUCGUGAAGAUGAGCCUUCCACAACCUCCAAAGGAGGCAGACACAGAAAUAAAAUCUGACGUUAAACCAGAAAAACCUAAAACUUUCAGGAUGUUUCAUGAUGAUACUAUGCGAUCGUUCUUUCGACGACUGGUGUUUUCUCCUGAUGGCGAGAUUUUGAUAACACCAGCAGGAUGUAUGGAGAUUGGCGAUAAAGUUAUCAACUCAACAUAUCUAUUUUCUAGGCACAACUUUAGCAAGCCUGCUGUCUAUUUACCCAGUCCCAAAAAAGCCACGAUAUGUGCCAGGUGCAGCCCUCUGCUUUACCAACUACGCAAAAUACAUCGAAAUGGAACAACAGAUCACACAAAUAACAAUUUAAAAGAAUGGGAAAAGUACACAACAUUAUUCUGCCUGCCAUACAGGAUAGUGUUUGCUAUAGGGACCGAAGACUCCAUUUUACUGUAUGACACACAACAGACAGCACCAUUUGGAUACAUCAGCAACAUACAUUAUCACCAGCUUAGUGAUCUCGCCUGGUCACCAGAUGGUCGUUUCCUCUUUGUGAGUUCCACAGAUGGCUACUGUACCAUGGUGGUAUUUGAUGAAGGAGAAAUCGGAGAAGUGUAUGUACCAGAGGAAGGGACCGAUCCUUCAGCAUCUGAAAGCGUGGAGAUAGACACCAAAGAUGAAAAACAGUCACAGCCUAGUCCUGCACCAUCGUCUAAUAGUUCUCGGAGUGAAGACCCAAUAACCAUGGAAACUGAUUCCUGUAGCAGUGACCUUAAACUUAUUCUUGAAACCUCAAACGAUGGUCUGCCUAAAGACUCAGUUACAGAAGAAAAGUCUUUGAACACAGAUGCUGUACCAUCACAAACUGUUGACAAAGUUUCACCUAGUGCUCCUUCCAUCCAGGCUGAUCCGGACAAACCUAAAGCUUCUAUAGCAGGCCUUAACAUUCGUUCUUCCUCUGGACGGCGGAUACAACUCACCACCCUGUCGCUAAACAAACCUAAGUGA